AUGAAGGUUUCGGAGGAGCGCUGCGAUAUUAUCACAAACAUGGAGGUAAUGCUACUCCUAGUGCAGCAGCAACAACUACUACCCUCGGUUGACAGUUUACUUCGCUGUGCAAGCAAACCCAGUUCAACAACUUCGGGCAGCUUCUCCCCUAGCGAAAACUCCAAAGCAGAUCCCCGCAACAACGGUGACCGUGAAGAUGGAAGCUUUGGGCAGACCGAGUCCCCCGUCGAGCGCUUCAGGUUGGAUCAUGUCAAGGAAUUACUCUACCAACACAUGUUCAAUCAACUGGUUCAGGACUAUAUUCGCAAAACCUGUCCUUAUCUGCACCUUGUGCGCGUCCCUUCUGAUUUUCGCCACUCAACAGAUCGAUUAAGGAUUCAGCAAGGCGUGCGCCAUGCUACACGACGGGCGUUCGGGUGCGCUACUGGAGGCAAGCGUCCCACUGGGAUCACUGCAAUUCGACAUGGGGCACUAUCCCCAUCAAUCAGCCGGCGUUUUCGUGAAUGCCUUGAUGCCCUGGUUCAUCGAUUUGGGCUCACAGAACUCGAAUUGCUAACAAUUGUGAACCUUGGGGCAUUCAAACCUGUCGAGAUCUAUAUGUUCCUGGAGGACUGCUCCACCAGGUUCACGGAAGAAGAUGCUGCGGCGAUGUUGAGUUUGAUAGAUCUUGCGCUAGUGCAGCAACAGGCCCUCCCAACGUUACCAGAGGGUGCUAUACCGGCAUCUGCGGAGGUUCAAACCCAAGAGGGCCUCAAGAAUGCAAGUCCAAGUGCCCGAUCGUAG